CACACCGUAUUUCUCCGACGACAUAUUGUGUGUGAGCAAAUUCUGGAAAAUAAGGAGAGGUGUAUUAUCAACAAUUUAUUUAUUUUCCAAGCAACAUACGCAGUGUCUGACAUUUAAGACGAAAUGGAGCCGUCAGCCAGUCCGGUGAAGGAUAACCCCAGGAUGAACAGCUAUAAGAACAAAGCCCUGAAUCUGGAGGAGAUGAGGCGCAGGAGGGAGGAGGAGGGAAUCCAGCUCAGGAAACAGAAACGCGAACAACAGUUCUUCAAGAGGAGGAAUGUGGACAUGUUGAACGAGGAGGGGGCCAUGUCUGAGAGUCCACUGGUGGAGUCCUACAUCGCCUCAACAGCCACUGGGGAAGGAGUGAUCACCAGGGAGAUGGUGGAGAUGCUCUUCUCAGAGGACCUAAAGCUCCAACUUGCCACAACGCAGAAGUUCAGGAAAUUGCUGUCCAAAGAGCCCAAUCCACCAAUCGAUGAGGUCAUUAACACGCCCGGCAUAGUGGAGAGGUUUGUGGAGUUCCUCAAGAUGAGCGUCGACUGCACAUUACAGUUUGAGGCUGCGUGGGCGCUGACCAACAUAGCCUCAGGAACGUCCAUGCAGACCAAGAUCGUGAUCGAGGCCGGAGCCGUGCCCAUCUUCAUAGAACUACUCAACUCCGACUUCGAAGAUGUCCAGGAACAGGCUGUGUGGGCUUUAGGUAACAUAGCGGGAGACAGCGCCGUUUGCAGGGACUUCGUACUCAACUGCAACAUCCUGCCACCUCUUCUAAUGCUUCUGACCAAGUCCACCAGGCUCACUAUGACCAGGAAUGCAGUCUGGGCUCUCUCCAACCUGUGUAGAGGGAAGAGCCCCCCACCUGUAUUUGAGAAGGUGUCCCCCUGUCUGCCGGUGCUGUCCAGGCUGUUGUUCAGUAGCGAUCCGGACCUGCUGGCGGACGCCUGCUGGGCCCUGUCCUACCUCUCCGACGGGCCCAACGAGAAGAUCCAGGCCGUCAUCGACUCGGGCGUGUGCCGGCGCCUCGUGGAGCUGCUCAUGCACACGGACUACAAGGUGGCGUCUCCGGCCUUGAGAGCGGUGGGGAACAUUGUGACCGGGGACGACAUCCAGACGCAGGUGGUGCUGAACUGUUCAGCCCUGCCCUGUUUACUCCACCUGCUGAGCAGUGCUAAGGAGUCAAUCCGCAAGGAAGCCUGCUGGACCAUCUCCAACAUCACGGCUGGAAACAGGGCUCAGAUACAGACGGUGAUUGAUGCCAACAUCUUCCCGGUGCUGAUAGACAUCCUGCAGAAGGCAGAGUUUAGAACCAGGAAGGAAGCAGCCUGGGCCAUCACCAACGCCACGUCCGGAGGAACGCCGGAACAGAUCAGGUACCUGGUCAACCUGGGCUGCAUCAAGCCUCUGUGUGAUCUGUUGACGGUGAUGGAUAGUAAGAUCGUCCAGGUGGCUUUGAACGGACUGGAGAACAUUCUGAGACUUGGAGACCAGGAGGCUAAGCAGGAUGGAGGACAGCACGGCUCCGGAAUCAACCCUUACUGCUCCCUUAUAGAGGAGGCCUAUGGCCUGGAUAAGAUUGAGUUCCUCCAGAGCCACGAGAACCAGGAGAUCUACCAGAAGGCCUUUGACCUGAUUGAGCACUACUUUGGUGUGGAGGAGGACGACCAAAACCUGGCGCCUCUGGUGGACGAGGCCAACCAGCAGUUCCUCUUCCCCCAGCAGGAGGCACCAAUGGAGGGCUUCCAGCUAUAACGCCUCCCCUGCCCCAUACUUUCCUGGUUCUCUCUGCGCUUGGUUCAUCCAACUCUCACCUCAUACCAGGGCGUUCCCUACCCAUCGGGGGGCUUUUAGGGUCCUUCUAGCCCAACAUUUCUGUCCCACACUGUGCCCCUCCCCCUGGCUGUUUCCUUCCAUGUCUCAACAAUCAUCUGGCAGAUGUCUCACCCCGAUCCCCCAAUCUCUGUGGAAGGUGUUACUGUGCCUCUUCUUUCUUAGCUCCCAAACCGUACAGAGGGUUCACCAGCGCUAACUAUCUCCACCUUGUGCCCCCCCGACCCCUUAUGAAAGGUUUACGUUUGCCCCAUCCCAUGGGAGGCUUACGGCGAUGACAUUACCCAGCCUAAUUUCCCCCCUCGACCUGGUGGAUCUCACCUCUCUAACGGAAAUGCCGCAUCCAGGCCAGCGAGCCAAUGGGAAGAGCUGAACUCAAAACCACCCGACCUGAUGACAAAACCAUGUUCUUCCUCCGCGGCGGUCACGCCCCCAAGGCCUGCCUUGUGUGCCGUUCCAGGUUUUAAAAUGCACACAUGCGCUGAGAGACGUCACACUGCCAGUUGAUUCUUUGUGCAUUGGCUGUGGUUUGAUUUGGUCUUGUUUAUUUGCCCGUCCGCGUGUCCUCUCUUGGUACGACACAGUCUGCCCUUUGUGGGGAUCUGGCUUGUCAGGUGAGGACUCCCUGACUCUAGCAUCAAACCUAACCAGUGUGAGGUUAAUUACCUGGUCUCUGAAGUGUCUUCCUUGCCCUUAUCAGCCCCCCCCCCCCCCACCCAGCAUAGUUUUGUUUUACUGUGCCCCAUCCAAAGACUAGAGGGUCCCCAGGCUACAGGCUGGUCUUUCCACUCUAAACAAUAAACUACCCAGCUGUAUUGACUAACCCAGAUUCCAAACAUCCCCUUUACACUGGUUUCUGUCGGUAGCAGACAUACAGGGUUUGCCUACAUUAUUCUGUGGAUUCUAGAACUGUCUCAGGUUCUACAGCCACGGUUUUGAAAAUAGACCCAUGGUUUUCCCUAUUCUAGAACAGACCAUGCGUCCUGUGUACAACAUUUCCUUUUUUUUUUUCUUCACUUUUUUUUUUUUUUGUGCUUGUCAGAUUAUUUCUUAGUUGGGGUGGGGGGGGGGGGUGGGUGGAAAGUCAUAGGAAUUUGUUGAAGUUUAAAUGGUACAGUCUGGUACAUGUCUGGGCUGGUGUAAGAAUUGGGCUGGGGAGGUUGUUGAGUUAGACAUGGGGCUAGAGUUUUGGGCUGUCUUUUGAUCCCUAUUGAAAGUACCUAGUUUGCCAGCUUGAUCUGAGGUUCAUAUACCGAAUAGCUAGAGGUAUAAUAUUUGUUGUGUGCUGUGUUCUUAAUAACGAUACAUUUGAAAUAUGAAGUGAGUCUAACUAUUUAACAACACACACCUGGUGGGCUAGAGGGACUGUGUCAGCUGGAGCACAAUAUUAGGUAUGAAUAUCCAAAACCAAGAUGUAUCAACAGGAUUCAUUGUCAAUUCCGGCUACUUCUGGAUGUAAUUUAUUCCAGUUCUUAUUCCAAAUCUCAUCAGUUAAAACCGUUUAGAAUUCGAAUUUGGUCAGCCUUCAGAGUUGACUAGCAAUUCAGUUGAACUGAGGGUCGUUUUCUUGGUUUGGGUCUCAAAUGAAUUUAUUUUUGGAUGAAUCCUAAAUUGAGGAAAAUCACAGCACUUAAAUCAGCCACCAUUUUCCGAUUAAAAAAAACAAAAAACAAUCAAUCACCUAUUAAUUUGCAUCUCUGGUUGGGAUUUAGGCCUUUUAGGUUUUUAACUUCUUGGUUCCAUAUCAAGACUUGAACUCCUCACAAAUGGCAACCUUAUCCCUUAUGUAAUGCACUACUUUGCAUCUUUUAAUGCAUUAUUAAGGUAAUGAGGUGCCAUUUGGGACAAAGACCAAGUGUGACGAGAAUGGAGCUGGCUGGGCUAGUGUAGGUGAAGGGGGUGGUGGCGCCCCUCAGGUGUGUGAGAUGUGGGUUUGCAUGGGGUUUCUAUUGCCCUACAUAUUAUCCCGGGGUAUCCCUUCGCCAAACGCCUGGAAUUAUACCCGAAAAUAGCAGAGAGGAAGAGGGGUGAUGUGAAAACAAGGGAUUUCGAUGAUGAUCAGUUUGACGUCUUGAGUUGCGGCUGAGGUUUGCCAUAAUGUCAGGCCUAGCGGGAGAAUCCAAUCAAGUGUUUGCACACGUUUUCCUUAACGCGAACAAAAGAAAGCCGGUUUGUAUGGUUAUCACACAAAAUACACUUCAAAGGAAUUAACUAGUUGCUGUUAAGUUGAUAGUUUGGUGGUGGGGCGGGGUUAGAUCUGAUAUUCAGCAGAUGUUUCAUUCUAGAUUGCUGUAUUGUAAAGGAAUGGGAAUGACAACAUGUCAUUGUGAUGGUAUGUAUAUAACGGUGUCGAGAUAUAUUUGCCGGGUGUCCUGAAAGUGUUCUCCAAUGACACUAUUCACCCAUUAUUUUUUGCCAGAGCUGCACAAGGACCCCCUGGUAAAUAGUAGUAAAUUUGUCUUGAGACGUAGCGUGUGAGUUGAGCCACGGACAUGGGUCUUACGACAACCAGGGUUUGGCGAAGGAUUUGUCUUUCUAGACCUUGACCAGCCUAACAGCAGCAGACAUUAUAGUAAAGAGAUGUAUUUGCACACACACACACACUACCUUCAUACUCAUUGUACACACUACACAAUACACACAGAUGCGUGCUACACAAAGAGAGAAAAAAACCUUCCAAAAUCCACUGUUUGAAUGAACGGUAUUGCAUGUUUUCUUUUCUGUGAUAUAUUGCCACAGGCUUGGUUUCCAUUUACAGCAUGUUCAUUCAGUGUUUGCUUUCAUUUUGCCACUUUUUGGCACUUUUGAGAUUAUUACGCAAUCAUUAUUUUUUAUUUAAGAAUGCACCUACCCACAAUGCAGUGCUCUUUGAUGCGAUUAGAUUCACACAGGGGACAUGCAAUAGAUAUGAAGAAAUAUAUAAGUGGUUAUUUUCUCUUAAGUGGAACAUUAUCACAUUCUCAACAUCAUUUCAUAUCUUCUAAAGAAUAUUAAAGAGAAACUAUGACCAUUUUUUAGUUUUCCGUUUUAUUAAAGUUUAUUUUGGAAGUGCAGUGGUCUACUUUCUGGUAUUAUGGAAGACUUUUUUCUCUUUUCUGCCACAUGACUGAAGAUGGUGAGAUGUAUUGCCCUUAGACACAGAACUAAACUCCCCUUUCCCUCCAUCAUUAAAGAUGAAGUCUGCGAUUUAAUUUUUUUUGUCCUCUGGUUGUGGAAGUCCAAAAAGGGUAUCUGAAAGUAAUGUGCUAGGUCUUGUUUGAAACUGCUUGCUUUCAAACCUCAUGGAUAACUGAGGUAUGAUGUUGAGUCUGAUAAUAGAUUAGGUACAUAUUAACAUCAUAUUGAACAUCAUUAAAUCACAGGCCAAAAUUGGUUUAAAAGAAAAACACACAUUUCUCGGACUACAUCUUUAAUCCUAACCUUUACAAUUAAUGAGGGGGAGUAAUACUGACUUUGGGUUGAGUGGAGCCAUUGACUCAAACUAGUCGGGUAGUGUGACAGUUUGACUGACAGACAGGUGCUGUGUGAGGAAUAGAUUUGGGUACAAUUAUUAACUUCAGAUCUGAGUUUUCCAGAAACUUGUUCUGUGUAUCCACAGUUUUCCCCUUUGUUGAGCUGAACAAACUCAGUUGAGCUCUGUGAAUAAAUCGAAUCUGAAAUAUUGUUUACUUAGGAAAAAUCUGAAUUUGUUAUGAACAUUCAAGGCUGGUGCUAAGCUGAAUGUUUAGUCCCAGAUGAUCAAAACCACAGAUUUCUUUUUGGAAGGUCAUCGAUAACACGGCAGACUUGAUGUCCUAACUAUGCGGAUCUUGGCAGGUUUCUGAAUAACUAGUUACUCUGUUGUCCAAUUUGACGUGUCUGAGUAGGUUGAUAUUGUGAUGGUGAGAGCUAUGACUUCUCUUCUAAGUAUUUCGUAAUUAUGAAGCAUACUGUAAAUGUCGCAUGUUUUUUUUUUUUUUACAAAUUAGUUUGUUUUUUGAACCAUGUGGUUCUAAGGAUGAACUUAGCGAUUCCUUUGGAAGGCUGGCUCUUGGUCUGCAAAGGCAUUGGACGCUUUUGGUUUAAUUGCAACAUAUGCAUUCAGAUUUGUUGUAAGGCUAACCUUGUCAUGGAUAUGGCGUAAGGAUGUUUGUAAGUUUAUACAGUGAAAUAUCGCAAGAGUCUAUGCACUUUGGUCCUCAAAAGGUGAAAUAGUGGUCCACAGAACAAGUCUGCUCCGAACAGACAAUUUAAAACAAAAACAGUUAUUGGAAAACUUGAGAAAAAUAAUUUGCAAAAAAAUUUGGUCUCCAAGAAGGAAUGGAGCACCCGUUAAUGCAAUGUGACUUUUUCUGGUCCACUUUAGUGUGCAGUCUCUACAAAGACUACCAAAAUAGUACAAUAUUUAAAAUCAAUGGAUCAACGCAAGUUUGACAAAAUAUAAAAAAUAUAUAUUUAUAUUUAUGAAAAAUAAAAAUGCACUCCUAUUCACUAAAGUGCCAAUCCCGACAACUGACGACUGGAGGUUGAUUAUUGAUUACUUGUCUUUUGACUUAUUGAUUUAUAUUCUUUCUUUUUUUGUAUUUUUUUUACUUGAAUGUGCACACGUUUUGUGCUAAAACAUUGCUGCUCUAUGUUCUUUAUCUUAUAAAGUUACAUUACUUGCCGUGGUUUCUCAGAAGAAGUGGCAUUCUUUACUACUUGUGCACCAAAUUUUGGGAUUAGGCCAGAGGACAGACUGGGGAGUCAUUUAAUAGCCUACAAGUGACUCCGUUUAUCCCAUCAUGCUGUUCUAACAAAAAUCACGUAUGCAACUUUCAUACAGUUUAAUGCAUUGUUUUUACUGCAGAUUAUAACUCAUGUAGUUGCAAUUGAAGGGCAGUUCAGACAAUAUAAAGAAACUGCAGUCAAAAUCAAAUGUUAGUCUAUGGCGAAAACUUCACUGCGUCUUAUUGCGCAAUGUUGUGUCUUAUGGUUUGGAAAAGCUUCUGGAUGCAGUUAUUGGGUCUGUUUCGGUAUCUGGCCGAUACGGUCUGCCAUUCAGUAGCCUAACAUUGUAAUGCCAAGAAUAGAGCCAACACAAUUCCUUAUCCUACUUUUCAUACUUGUUUUACGUAGCAUAUUUCUACAUUCAAACGGUUUCUCUUGGCUCUGAAAAAAAGGAACGGACAAUUUCAAACGACGUCUCACCAAAGGUCUAUUUGGAUUUUUUCUUUUUUUUUACUUUGAGGAGCAGUGCCAUUACAUGUAUGUUGUUUUUUUUGUUGUUUUUAUUUGUGGCUUAAAUCAUAUGGCUCACAAGACCCAGUCAACUAACCCAACAAGCAAUCACUUGUGCAUAGACAUCUCUCAACUGUCUUUGAUUUAGAAAAUGUCAUCAGCAGUGGUUGUUUUGAGAUGGGAAGCUAAAUAUAAGCUAUGUCUGAGAACCAGUAACCUUCUAACCAGACUUGCAAUAAAUA